UCAAACCGUCUAGCUUAGUAAUGACAGUCUAGUUGGCUGUGGAUGUCUGAUAUGUGUAAAUAGAAUCAUCUUUUUACACGUCAAAACUUAUUAAAUAGCAUAUCCCCAUUAACAAACAGUUUUCUGUGAAAAUGGCCCUUUAAUGAGCCGGUAACGUUGUUGUGCAAUCGAGGGAAACCAGCAAAACUCCCCCAGACUUAGAAAUGGGUGUCUUGUUUAGUUAUUUUAAAAGCCUGAUUGGGGCGCGAGAAAUGCGAAUUCUCAUACUAGGAUUAGACGGUGCUGGCAAAACCACCAUCCUAUACAGGCUGCAAGUUGGGGAAGUUGUAACCACGAUUCCCACCAUAGGGUUUAAUGUAGAACAAGUCACAUACAAAAAUCUUAAGUUUCAAGUUUGGGACCUUGGAGGGCAAACUAGCAUCAGGCCUUACUGGAGAUGCUACUACAGCAAUACAGAUGCCAUUAUCUAUGUAGUGGAUUCUGCAGAUAAAGAGAGAAUGGGCAUAUCAAAAGAUGAACUUUUUCACAUGCUCAGGGAGGAAGAACUACAAGACGCCAUUCUGGUAGUUCUCGCAAACAAACAAGACAUACCUGGCUGUAUGUCGCUGAAAGAAGUCCAUCAAGCGCUCGGUCUAGAAGCGUUAAAAAAUCGAACAUUUCAAAUAUUCAAAACAUCGGCCACAAAAGGCGAAGGCCUGGAUAUGGCAAUGGAAUGGCUGGCAAACGCACUUAAAAAUCGGAAAUAACAGUUCAAUGUUUGUUUUGUAUUUAUUUCUCUAGUCUUAAUCAUAAAGUGCAAACGCGGUUUGUGCUACUUUGCCGAUGAAACAUUGGGUUGGUUUGUUGAAGACGUUUAUUUAUUAGGCCAAUGGUUGGUUUAAUGAAAGGUGACGAAACCACUUACGUUUCGAUAAUUUAGAGUAGUUUAUAAAGCUUCAUUCCAUAACGUUUGUGUCCUUUGAAAAAAUGUUCUAUUAAUUUAACUGUUUAGUUUUGUAUGUCGCAAUUUUAAUCGGCUACACAUUAGAAGCGCGUUGAAGAAAUGUGUAUCCAAAUAGCUAUUCAUUGUAAACCCAAAAUAAAUAUUAACAAGUAUCCAAAACAUAUUUAUCUAAAUUUUACAUGGUAGAUGUUUAAUAAUAACAGUCACUUUGUACCACACUUAACGGAUUCUAGUAUGUAAAUAAAUUUAGUUUAGUACUUUCA